AUGAGGGACCCUAGGGAGGCUCAAGAUGAUGUAUAUUUGACAGAAGAUUCAGACGAUGCACUUGCUGAUUUGGAGAAGGAGUUUGAGUUGAAAAAACAGAAGUUGAUUGCAGAACGAGCACGGAUCAAGCAGGAAUCAAAGAACAGGCCCCAGGUCAAUGUGGAACGGUCACCGUCACCACAACGAAAGAAAUUAAGGGCAGAUUAUUUUCAGCAGAGAGUUCAGGUGAAGCCAGAGCCGGUGGGUGACCAGGAAGUUCGUGGGAGACUGGGGGAACAAGGGACACAUGGAAUUUUCAGAGUGAAGCCAAUGCCAAAGCCAGAAGCGCCAAAGAGCGAGUUUGCAUCGCGUCUUCUGGCGAUGAAGACGGAGCAGGGGCCUAAAGGAGACUUGAGUGAACGAAUUUUCGAAUUUGAAAACGUUCCCGAAGUGCUUCCAUUUGAUACCAUGCCAGGCGAAUAUGACGAAUUCACAGGAAUUGAGCUCAAAAGCCGAAGAUUACCACACAACAUUCUCCUUGACCUACUACAUCCGAUCAAAGUGCUCGGAAUCACGAAGCUUCUUGCCAAAGUGGUGGCGCCGAAAUUCGAAGAGCCCAACUACGUCAACUGGUGCUUUGUUGGGAUGAUUGUUUACAAAGGGCAACCGAAACAGGCACUGAAUGGCCACAAGUUUCUCCAACUCAAAGUUGGGGACUUUGUGCAUACAGUUGACGUGAUGCUUUUUGGGUCAGCGUUUGAACGAUUCUGGAAACUACAGCUUGGGGAGAUCGUCGUGAUCCUUAAUCCACGGGUAAAGAAGUUUCAGGGCAAGUUUAACAUGUCAGUAGCAGAAGAUUUGCAGAGCAUUGUUGAGAUUGGCAGCGCCAGGCACUUUGGGUAUUGUGAGUCGACAAACAAAAACGCCACCAGAUGCAAGCAUGUGGUGGACUUAUCACAGACCAAGCUCUGCAGCUACCACGAGGAAGAAAAGUAUCGAGCGCAAGCGUCGCGAAUGGAACUUCAAGGCAGUGUGAAAUUGAAGGAUCCACGCAGCACCAGGAGAGGGGCGAAACGAGACAAGUAUUACAAGAAAGGACAGCGAGAGUGGGUCGAUUGGAAAGACUUGCCGGGGUAUCAACUGUUUGAGCCAAGCGGUACUGAACUCAAUCCAGUGUACAAAGGCAGUCAAGGGUUUGACGAGAAAAAAUUCGACCGCCCAGUUGCCAAUGCGCAAAAAGAGCGUUUAAAGGAAGCCUCCAACGCCAGACUCAGGCUCGAGGAACAGCUUCGUGCGACAGUGGCGCCAGCGCGAGCCAAACAGCUCCAAACACUUGGAAUCCUAAGCAGCAGUAAAAAAGAGGGGAACAACUUUCAUAAGACAACGUCCGGAGUUGCCGCCGCGUGCCGGCGCCCUGAUGCCGGUUCCGUUGAAUGUACAGCGGUUAAUGACAGCCCCAGUGGAGAGUCUGGGUCGACGACCAAGGUUGGGCAGCAGAGCCUCCGCAAACUAAUCAACGGAAUGGGGUUUGACCCUACUGGCGCGGAAGCCACAAAACCAGCGAGCAAUGGUGUGUGGGUACAGGAGCUCCAGCAGCUUAGUCGCCAGAAGAAGGUUAGUUUGGCCCCAUCGCGCGAAGACAGACGCAGGCAAGCUACCAAAUGGAGAAACACUACUAAGGAGCUUAGGGCACAUGCUGGCGGAGCGGAGGAAGUCAGUGAUGAUGAGUUGGAAAUCUCUUUUGCUUCUGAAAAAGACAAGAUUGCCUAUAAGAGCCUAGCACAAUAG